AUGUCUCUUCCGCUCUUUGUUAUAUCUUUUUUAGUAUGCUCUCUCCAAGCAUCUUCUGUCUCUGCGCAGAAUUACACGUGGCCGUGGCAAACUUAUAAAUCUAGUUCAGCGGAGCCUCCAUUGCUAAAUAUCACCAAAUCCGGUCCUACGUCUCCUGGAUACCUAUUUUUCGACCAGAAUGGGGAAUACGCGCACAACUACAGCCUUUUCAUUAUGUCCGAUGACAAUGAACUUAUCUGGCAAAGCGGAUAUGGCGACUACAGUGCUUUCAGGACCCAAACAUUCGAGGGCAGACCGGUAUUAACUUUCUUCAAUGGAGUCUCGCUAGCGGAACCCUAUGGAUGGGGCCAUGGAAUUAUUCAAAUUCUUGAUGACUCUUAUACAAGCAUCUACAAUGUUUCAUUAGCAGCAGAUGAAGGAAACUUUUUGACUAUACCGGAGCUUGAUCCCAACCAGAUUACAUCCUAUCUCGAUAUGCACGAAUCCCAGAUCACAGCUCAAAAUACCAUCCUUGUAACAUUAUACAACGUUACCAAAUACGAUCUGAGCUCUUGGAGCGCCCUAGACCAUGUCAACCAGAUUCCCAUUGCCGAUGUCCAGCAGUUUUAUCCUGUUGCGGAUUUUGGCAAUAACCAAUCUAUUCCGUACGGUUACUUCCACAUCAAUUCGGUAGACAAAUUUGCAGACGGAUCAUACUUAAUCUCUUCGAGAUACUAUUGUUCAAUUUUCAAGAUCUCCAAAAACGGCAGUGUUGAAUGGACACUACAGGGUCAAACCGGCGGAGAUUUUCAGCUUGAUGGUCGACUUUCGUUCUGUUAUCAGCAUGAUGCUCGUAUUCAACAAGAAUCGGGGAAAACAGUUCAGAUUAGCCUCUUUGAUAACGCAAACUCUGAAAUUGUGUCUGGCAUAAAUCAAACCAAAGGCGUAUUCCUGACCCUCAAUACGGAAACUAUGAAGGCUACACUGAGCCAAGAAUAUAUUGACCCACAGGACGCAAUAUACGCCUUUUCCCAAGGAAAUGUACAGCAGUUAGAAGACGGGAAUGUUAUCAUGGGGUAUGGGUCGACACCUAAGAUAAGAGAGUUCAGUCCGGAUGGCGCUACCUUGAUGACUGCGCAGUUUGGCCCUGGAGAUGGUCUCAUCUUUUCUUAUCGUGCCUAUCGUCUCCCAUGGAUCGGUCGUCCCAAGUCACCUCCGAGUGUCUUGGCCUGCAGGAAUGAAGCUAGUAACAGUACCGCAGUAUAUAUGAGCUGGCUUGGUGCCACAGAACACAAUUCUUGGGGGAUCUUUGCGGGAGAUAGCAACUCUAGCCUCACUCUAACAUCACAAGUGGAGAAGACCGGAUUCGAAACAGUAGCAACUAUACCCGGACAAGUUUCCUUAAUCCGUGUUGAGGCACGAGGCAUGGGUAUCACUGGCGGAGUUUCUCACGUGGUAUCAUCUCGAAGCAGCUGCCGAUUUUGA